AGUCUUACAAGUGGCCUUAUCCCAAUUCCAGAAAUUCCUCCACCGGAUUCUAAUUUUAUAUACAAUCCUAAAGUGCCAGGAAACAUGCCAACUCAGUCCCUGUUGGUGUAUAUGGAUGGACCGGAAGUGAUCGGCAGUCCCCUUGGCACCCAGACGGAGCUGGACGAUGCCGUGUCGAUAAAAGGGACCAGCACCGUUCCUUUCAGAGCGACACAGGAGAAAAACAUAAUCCAAAUAGAAGGAUAUAUGCCCUUGGACUGCAUGUUUUGCAAUCAGACCUUCACACACUCAGAAGACCUUAACAAACACGUCUUAAUGCAACAUCGGCCGAUCCUCUGUGAGCCCGCGGUCCUGCGCGUGGAAGCGGAGUAUCUUAGUCCCCUCGAUAAAAGUCAAGUGAGAGCAGAGCCUCCCAAGGACAAGAAUUGUAAAGAAAAUGAAGAAUUUAGCUGUGAAGUGUGCGGGCAGACCUUCCGAGUGGCUUUCGACGUGGAGAUCCACAUGAAGAAACACAAGGACUCCUUCACGUACGGGUGCAGCGUGUGCGGGAGGAGAUUCAAGGAGCCCUGGUUCCUGAAGAACCACAUGCGGACGCACACCGGCAAGUCGGGCGCCAAGAGCCGCCUGCAGCAGGGCGCCGAGAGCCCCGCCACCAUCAACGAGGUGGUGCAGGAGCCCGCGGCCGAGAGCCUCGCCUCUCCUUACAAAAUCUGCAUGGUCUGUGGCUUCCUCUUUCCGAAUAAGGAGAGCCUCCUCGAGCACAGGAAAAUGCACACCAAAGAGCCGGCUUCCGGGGCCACCGGGCCCCGCACGGACGCCCCGCCGGGGGGCACGGCACCCCCGGGGGACGAGCUCCUGCAGUUCCUGAGGCUGAGGCCCGCCUCGCACCCCGAGAGCGGCCGCAGGCCCCCGAAAUGGAUCCCUCAGCUCGACCCGUUCACCACCUACCAGGCCUGGCAGCUGGCGACCAAAGGGAAGGUGGCCGUGUGCCGCGAGGUGAAGGAGCAGCCGGGCCAGGACGGCAGCACCGACAACGACGACUCGUGCUCGGAGAAGGAGGAGCUGCUGGAGAUCUGGGGCGCCGGCAAGAGCCACGCCGAGGGCUCGGGGAGGGCCCGGGCGGGCCGGAGCGGCUGCGCGGGCCUCGCGCAGGACAAGGAGAAGCCCAGAGCCGGCGGCGGCGAAGUGCCUUCGGCGGAGGCCGACCCGAAGCUGUCGGGCAGCAAGGAGAAGCCGACGCACUGCGCCGAGUGCGGCAAAGCCUUCCGGACCUACCACCAGCUGGUGCUGCACUCGCGCGUGCACAAGAAGGAGCGCAGGGCGGACGCCGAGUCGCCCACCAUGGCCGCCGACGGACGGCAGCCCAGGACGUGCUCCCCCGACCUGCCCGCCGCCCUGGACGAGAACGGAGCCGGCGAGCGGGAGGGCGGCUCUGAGGACGGCUCCGAGGACGGCCUUCCGGAGGGGCUCCAUCUGGAUAAAAAUGAUGAUGGAGGAAAAAUAAAGCAUCUUACAUCCUCAAGAGAAUGUAGUUAUUGUGGGAAGUUUUUCCGUUCAAAUUAUUACCUCAAUAUUCAUCUCAGAACGCAUACAGGUGAAAAACCAUACAAAUGUGAAUUCUGUGACUAUGCUGCAGCGCAGAAGACGUCUCUGCGGUAUCACCUGGAGAGACAUCACAAGGACAAGCAGAUCGAUAUUGCCGCCGAAGUCAAGACCGAUGGGAAAAACCAGGAGACGGAAGAUGCACUACUAGCCGCUGACGGUGCGCAAACCAAAAAUUUGAAAAGAUUUUUUGAUGGUGCCAAAGAUGUUAAAGGCAGCCCACCUUCAAAGCAACUUAAGGGGAUGGCCUCUACCUUUCAGAAUGUUCUGGGCAGCGCUGUCCUCUCACCAGUACACCGAGAUACUCAGGAUUUCAAUAAAAAUGCAACUGAUGACAGUACUGAGAAAAUGGGCAAAGCGCCCGCCCCCGCGUACUUGGACGUGUUGCAGAAGAGGGCGUCAGGUGACCCUCAGCCCCCGGAGCCGGCGUGUAGGGCGGAGGCGGGGGUCCCUGCGUGCGUGGACGGCAGUGCGGCCCACGGUGCUGACGGCAGCGCCAGGGAGAAGCCGGCCGGGACGGUGGCCGACGGCAAGCACAAGCCCGGCGGGGACUGUCAGGAGAAACCUCUGAACCUGUCCCUCGGAGCGCUUCACGGCUGCCCGGCCAUUUCUCUGAGCAAGAGUUUAAUCCCAGGGAUCACCUGCCCGUUUUGUACCUUCAAGACCUUUUAUCCCGAGGUUUUGAUGAUGCACCAGAGGCUGGAGCAUAAAUACAAUCCCGACAUCCACAAAAACUGCCGGAGCAAGUCCCUGCUACGCAGCCGGCGCACGGGCUGUCCGCCCGCGCUGCUGGGGAAGGACGUGGCCCCGCUGGCGCACUUCCCCAAGCCCCGGGCCCGGCCCGCGCCCGCGCCGCCCGCCAAGGUCGCGCCCGCGGACCGCGACCGCGGGAAGCCGGGCCCCGCCAGGCCCCCGCCGCCCCCGGGGCUCGACCCCAGCACUUUAGCGCCCAGCAACCUGAAGGCUCCACGGCCGCAGCACCAGCACCCGCACCCGCAGCCCGGCGGGGCGCAGGGGGCGGCCCGGCAGGCCGAGCCCGCCCACCCGGAGAGGGGCAGGAGGCCCGAGGCCAAGCCCCGGGCGCCCGCCGCUGCCCCUGCCCCUGCCCCGCCCGGCCCCGGCGCCGCCAACGGCUGUGCAGAGCGCCCCUGGGCGCCACGGGGCCGCGACCCCCAGAGCGGACGCCCCGCCGAGCCCGGAGAGCCACUGCCCAAGCGGCCGCGACCCGAUGCCGAGCCGCCGGCGCCCGCCUUCCGCCGGGCCUUCGAGCUGCCCAAGUACCACGUGGUGCGCGGCCUGCAGUCGCUGCUGCCCGGCGACUGCGUGUGUCCGCCGCCCGCCGCGCUGCCGCCCAAGCCCCGCGCCACGCCCGCGCCGCUCUUCGCCUGCGGGCCCGCCGCCGAAGGAAAAAGGCCUGUGUCGUACCAACACUUGUCUAGCAGCAUGCUACAAAAGAGAAACUAUGAGAAUUUUAUUGGGAAUGCACAUUAUCGACCAAAUGACAAAAAAACUUGAUUUCCUAUUUUGGGUAAGAAAGCUCUCGAUGGCCGUGUGUCCGUGCUGUCCGUGAAUCGAGUUCGUCCAUCCUUUGGGAGAGCCGGCGGUGGAAGCCGUGAAAUAAGCUUGACCGUGCCAUGCAUGUAACAUACCAGGAACACUACGGUUGUGUAAAGUUGUCCUGUUCACUUUUGUACCAAAUAGCAAUAAAAACUAUAGUUGGAAGAGUUGGGUUGUACACAAAUGGAGACUGGAAAUCUCUAUUUUGCCCCUGAAUCAUAUUUUUUUUAGAACCGACCAAAUAAGAAGAGGAGUGUCUGGCCUACUUGAGCGCUGCUGGAAAGAAACCGUCUGGGUUGGGGGGUGGGGCGGGGAGAAAGUCUAUGAUGUUCGCACCUCAGGUAACUGUACAUAUUGUAAGUUCUAGACCUGCUUGUUGGGAUACUGUGUGUGACUGUUUUCCUCUCACGUAGCUCAUCACUUUGAGCGGUUCCUGCUACUUGUGCUCUUUUCGUUUAAAAUGUGUUUUUAAAGAAAAAAAAAUGUCUUCAAUGAUUUGUAUUAUGUUAAAUCCUCCUCAGUCUCUCGUCUUCACAAAAUUGUUAAUGGAAGUAUUGACCCUCUGUGACUGUGUGCUGCUCGUCCUGAGGUCGGCCAUUCUGAAACCGGUGCCCUUUGAUGGCGAAUUUCAUUCUGUCAGCCGAGGGGGAGUCCAGAGCCAUGAGCCUUUCCUGAAAGAAGUGGUGUGGUUUGUGGGGGUUUGAAGUGUAUGUGUUUACAGAGAAGCGUGUCCUCUGCAGAGCGGCCACAUAGCCAGUAAACACACCAGAUUUAUAUGUGGAGUUGCUUCCAUUUAUUUUCUAUCUUAUUAAUCAUUUCUUUUGGAAAAUUCAGGUUGUUUGGCUUUCAGUUAAAUUAGUAUGUAAAAAAACAAGUGCUGAAUGAUACAUGCGAAUGACACAUUGGAAGCCGUUUUAAAGGACAUGAACAUUUUGGGGCAAAUUUUAGGUUUGUAUCUGGAUGUCUUGGUGUGCCUGGCGUUGGGGUGACCUGUGGACGUAUUCGAGUCCAUUACAGACACGUCGAUUCUGAAUAAGGAACUGCUGGCUGAGCCUUCUGGUAAUGGGGAAGAUGUGAUCUUUGCCCGACCUCAGUUGUCUUCCCAUUUUUGGUUGUUUUGAGCAGCAACGUUUUUCUCCAUGAUCUGCAGUUUGGGUUUUAAAGACAGGAUAGCCACCCGCUGGCUUGCUAGGUGUUUUAAACUUUGGUUCCCUUAAUCCUCUGUCCGUGGCUGAGUUUUUUCAGCAGUACAUUGGUUUAGCAACCACAAAAUAGUUUAUUAAGAAAACUGUUUCAAAAAUAAAUUUGCACUGUUAAAUUUUCUUGCCCUGCCCUUCCGCGUUAGAGCGAGAGUAAAGUCCUAAAAGAAUCCUGAUUUGUUUUGUUUUGUUUUGUUUUGUUUUGUUUUCAUUAUGCACCACGAAGCAUACUUGACAGAGAAGUCUUAACUCCCGCGUUGAAAGGAGACCUGAUUAGAGAUCGGUCUGCUGGCAUUGCAAUGAAGUGCUUUGUAUCAGGAAAGUGUACACUAUUUACUUUUUUUCCUGUUCACAAGCUGAGCCAUAUGUACAUAAUCUAGAUUUUUGUUUUCAUAGUUUUGCACUUUUAUAGCCUAUUUUUGAAGAUUAACACAUUUUUCAAGAUGAUUGACUUGAUCUUUGCCUAAUCCGAUGAGUGUUGCAGAGAGCUUGCUCUGAGUAUAAAUGUAAAUCUUAAAAGGGGAUGCGAGAGAGGGCUGAAAUUUAAACCUGUACUUUAAAAAAAAAAAAAAUCACCAAAUCUAUUUGAAAACAAGUCAAUUCAUGCCAUGCUGAAAUUUUGGGGGCUUUCAUAUUUCUCCUUUCUUAACCACAUUUCUGAAUUUCUGAAUGCGUAAAAUGUCCUUUUUUUCACAGCCCUUAUACUCUAAAAUUUUUUGUUUGUUUUUGUUUUGUUCUAUCAGUAUUAACUAUUGGGAUACUACUGGUUUUGUAUUUUUUUUUUCCUUUGCAACAACAGUACAUAUAAUAGAGGUACAAUCCGUUGGAUUUUUGUUUAUGUAUUUAUUUCAUUCCAGUUUGAUUUAUUUUAAUUGUUGAUACUUGUCAAACAGUAGACAUUACUUGUUUUAUUUAUGAUAUAUUUCAGCUUAAAGUUAUGUUAUUAUAUGUGGAUGUAAAUAUAGAUUUGGUGUUUUGCA